GCAGCCCGCCGCCCGCGCCGGUGACCCUCCGCCCAGGCUUUUGAGGGAUUCUAGCUGCAGAAGAAACCUGGUGGGUGAUAUGAGUGCCGAGGCAGGCAAUGGGAAGGAGGAAGCCAGAAAGACAGGUUUGGAGGGCACCAGACUGCCCCUUCCAGGUGGCUCCCAUGGCAGCGUGCGAUGCGCUGGCAGCGACCCGCAGUUGAGACACAUGCUUGAUUCCCUCAAAUCCUCCAAGGCUUCUGCUGUGAUCAACUAUGGCGCCUCAUGGUGCGGUGUUUGCAAUCAGAUUCUUCCACCCUUCUGCAAAUUCAGCAAUGAAUUCAAGAAUCUUAGUUUCAUCUAUGCCCAUGUUGAUGAGUGCCCCGAAACAACUCAGAACAUACGAUACACUCCGACCUUCCAUUUUUACCGGGAUGGAGAAAGGGUGGAUGAGAUGUUUGGUGCAGGGGAAGAGAGGCUACGGGAUCGAUUGUGGUUGCAUUCAUGAUUUCUAGGCUUUGGCUUGCAGUGAUGCUGUUUUCAUGUACUUAGUUAUAUGAACUGUACCUCGGAUUUAUCCUUUUUCUGAAAAGUCUUGUUUGAUGUGGAAAGGAAGGGCAAUGUUAAACUGAUCA